GCGAGUUUGGAUUUUCGGAUAGUUGGUUCCGUUACGGAAAAGGAUAUUGUCAGUUUGAACUCGUGCUUAAGAAGACUAUCAAACAAUGCUACCUAAUAUUCCUUCGAGUCUUGGAAACAUGUCAGCUUUAGAACAAUUAAAUCGGAUUAGUAUUGAUUACAGUGUUUUCGGUGAAGUGAAUUAUCCGUUCAAUUUCAACCCUUAUACGGCACUGCCGCCCAAUCUUUGGCAAUUUCCCUUUUCAUUUUUGAAAAACUCCCAUCGGGCGGAAAAGCCACCGUUUUCAUAUAUCGCCCUGAUUGCAAUGGCAAUCAGCAGUUCGCCUAAACAGCGCUUGACCCUGAGUGGAAUUUACAAGUUCAUCAUGGACAAUUUUCCAUACUAUCGUGAUAACCGUCAAGGAUGGCAGAAUUCAAUCAGGCAUAAUCUCAGUUUGAAUGAUUGUUUUGUAAAAGUGGCGCGGGAUAAAAAUUCCACAGAGGAUGAUGGAGAUGGCGGUGGAAAAGGCAGUUACUGGAUGCUGGAUCCUUCGGCAAAUGACAUGUUUGAACAAGGGAAUUACAGGCGAAGAAGGACAAGGAAGCAGAGACAGAAUAAGCUACUUCUGGGAGGACAAACGAAGACCUUCAUCGAUGCCUCACAUCAGGACAACUCAAACGCUUCCAAUUCAACAGAUCCCACAACAAUUGAUGGCGAUGCACUGGACUCCACAUCCCCAUCAAUGGCAACAUCAUCUUUCCAUCCCAGCACAAUACAGCCGACCGACAGGAUAACGGAGCUCCACAAACAAUAUUUGGCAACAAUAGCACCUUUAAAUUUCCUAUUCAGAAAUAAUCUACCGAAUUGCAGCAAUUUACCAGAUAAUAAUCGAAAACAAGCUCAAACUCAACCGUCUACAAGUGAAACAAUUGAAUUGAAAGAUAAUAGUUGCACCAUUCCGAAUGAAGAUCGGGGGAGUAGCGCAAUCAGUAAAUCAUCCCUGUUUACAAUUGAGAAUUUAAUUAAAAAGGACUAGGUCUGCAGAGAAGGUGCGGCCGGGUCGAAUCCGGGCUGUAGGUGGCUGGUAUAAAUGGUCUAAUAUUAAUGAUGCUUUG